UGCUGGAUCGUGGAAAUUGUUCAAGGAUGGUUCAUUGGGGGCUAGUGGUAGAGGAUUAGCAAAAGGCCGAUUGAUCCGCGGAGGUGGACACCUUGUACUUGGACAGGAUCAAGACAAAUUGGGAGGAGGCUUUGAAGAAUAUCAAAGUUUCAUUGGUGAAAUGGCAGAUGUCAAUAUCUGGCAUCACGUGAUUUCAGACCAAGAAAUCAGGCGCAUGUCCAAGUCGUGCUUGACAGGGACGGGAAAUUUGUUUCAGUGGAGCGACUUCAAAUAUCACCGAAUGGGCUCAGUGCAGAUAGUUCAGCCUUCUUGCUUAAAUUAAAAUGCGUAAUGCUUUACUGAAGUUGAAAUUUUAAUCGUAUUUAGUUAGUUUUAGGCUUGUUUCAUUAAGUUUAAUUUUAAAGUUCAAAACAACCGUAAAAAUGAUGGCACUAAGUGUUAAGCACCCUUCUUUUUCACUGUGAAACUUCCUAAAUGUUAUAGAAAUGUCGUUUCCGUUCUUAAAAUUUCUCUUAUCAUUUUGCAAGUUUGCGUUACUAAUUUGCCGCGUGAAGAUUUAUCUUUCCGCUCUGGGAAAUAAGUUACCCUGAGAUCCUGUAAGACGUAUGAAAAUAUUAAUUAAUAUGAAUGGAAAAUACAGCCGGGCCGUUAACUUUAAGGCAGCUUUUCAAAAACAAAAUUUCUAGGUCGAUUAACACAAGAAAAAAUAAGUUGAAAGGGUUGAAACUUUGAGGUAGUACCUCUUUUAUAAUUAUUUCUUUUAUUUCCUUUUUUGUUCCUUUUUUAUCUUUUUUCUUUUUUUAUUUGCUACUUUUGCCCUUUAUAAUCCUUUUUUCGUCAAGUUCCAGGCAUUCAGUUGGUGGAGACGAACAGGAGAGGGAAAAAUAUUCCAAGGGAAAAAGAAUAGAGUGUGCAAAAAAUGGCAUGCGAAAGAGCGCUCUCUUUCUAUUGCUGUAUCCCUAACAACCAUGGUUAACCGCAACCGACAUGCGCCAAGUUGCUUGCCAAUUUUUUAGCCCGUCUGUUUUUCGUUUCUCUCUCAACUAAUAUCCAAGUCCAAACCAAGAGAGAUGUUGUUUUCGAAGAGUAAAUGUGUUUCAUGCUAUCACCAAUAACGUGUCGUGAGUUUGACCAGUAGUCGCGAGUCACGGGUUGCGACUGGUAACAUUCUCCGAAGAUAAAAUCGGUAACAACCUGUAUUUCCAGCAUUAAAGAGCCAUGAAGACGCUGUUAUAGAAAUGUUUUAAAUCAAAUUUUUAUUCAUUUUUCCUGUUUUUUUGUAAAGAGCCAUGAAGACGCUGUUAUACUGAGAAAUGUUUUAAAUCAAAUUUUUAUUCACUUUUCCUGUUUUUUUUGUAAACAUCAAUAAAUCUUGGUGUACGUGUCCCCUAUUUUUUGUGGUACUAAAUAAAUGCCCGCCCACGGCCAUACAGAA